CCGAAUCAAACACGUACACGUACAGCCUCGAGAGUUAUCCUUAAAGAAGAAGCAGAAGAAGACAUUUAACAGUCGCAUUGCAGACGUAAAGUGCCACCAGAUCAUAGAAAUGAGAAUUACUUCUGGAACGUGCAAUAAGCGUGCUAAUGAAGACGCACACGAGGAAUGUAAUUGGCAGAAGGUACAAAGGAAGAGAGGGAAACUGUGUGACCAAUAUGCUGCAGGAAAAUCGGUUCGAAUAGCUCCUUUACCCACCGCUAUAAGUAAGGAGCUACUAGUUUCAUUUAUGGGUGAGUUCGGAGCUAUUCGCAAGACACACUUGAGUCGAAACUCAUUAACCAUUGAAUACUAUAAAACCGAACCUGUGGAUAUUUUAUUUAGCAAAACGACAUGGCUGCAGAAGGAAACAUUGUCUUUGGAAAGAAUUGGAACGAAGCUAGACGAAUCACAUGAAAACAUGGCACCACACCAACAAACGAAAACAAGCCUGGAUGAUGAACGGAGCAGAUUUAUGGAAAGAGGUGAUGCUCUAAGUUACGCUGGAACAAGAUAUGCCAUAGAGAAGACAUCAGAAUUUAACGACGAGAUGAUGACGCUCCUGAAGGCUAUACAGCUCACCGAGUCCGAACUACCGACGAGAUAUGACGUCAUAUGCAAUAACGUGGAGAACAUGUUCAAAUAUAUCUUCCCGCAAUGUAAACUGCAUAGAUUCGGUUCGACAAUGGCAGGAUUAGGUUUGAAGCAAAGUGACUUGGACAUGUAUCUGUAUAUCGGUGAUACUGGUCUACCGUCGGAAUGUUAUAACUCGAAUAUCUCGUUCGAAGAGUUUGCGCAAGCGAUUUUAAACAAGCUGAAAGAGGAGCUUCUUACGUAUCGCUGGCCGAACAUCUUCUCCAAAAUUGAAACGAUUUCGAAAACGAGAGCACCGAUCAUUAAGUUCAUUUACGCACCCACUAAUGUCUCGUGCGACAUUACGUUCAAAAAUAGCUACGGUAUUUACAAAACAAGGUUCUUGAAGUUCUGCGCGUCAUACGAUGCCCGGGUAAAACCGUUGAUGCUAUUGAUCAAGUAUUGGGCCAGGGAAUACAAGGUCACCGGUCACGGGAAAACCGGAAAAAUACCAAAUUACGGACCAAUGUGCGUGAUCAUCUUUUAUUUGCAAACAAUUGGUGUUCUGCCAACUUUAGUGGAACUGCGGAAGAACUGCACACCGACAAUCAUAAACGGAUGGCAAGUCAAUUUCGAUGAGAAGUACAAAAAUCUCGCCCUACCAACCAACAAUCAGAGUAUCGUGGAUCUGCUUUACGGAUUCUUUCAUUUCGUCUAUAAAAAUUUCGCUUCGCCAAUAGAUGAAAACUCAUGCGGAGUAUUAUCUUUACUGGACGGGAAAAGAUAUAUAAAACGUAACUUUGAUGAGGUAGACAACUUGCCGAAUUAUAUGUAUUAUUAUAAAGUUCACGUUCUGCGAAACAACGGUGAUAAAAUUAGGACACGCAACGGAAUAGCUGUUCAAGAUCCGAUCGAGCUCAGUCAGAAUGCUAUCAUUAGCGCGAAAGAGAGCACGUUAGAGCACUUUCGUUCAGUGUGUGGCUAUACUAUUAAGCGCAUCGAAAAUACCAAACACAAACCUUGUAAAAAUGUAUUGAAAGCAAUAUUGGAAGGUUCUCUCCCGCGACGGAAGCUAGUGCUAAAACAUAAAAUAGACCUCAAACCUCUGUUGAACAUCGAAUUGUCGGCAGAUUUCGAUAAUCGCGCGGAUAUUUGUAACAAACAAUACAAGAAAGAUAAUACGUAUUAUAUUAUAUUUAAUUUGAUAAAAGACAUGUUGGAGAUGAUUUUUAAGUUCAACGUUAUCGUUAGCCUUAAGUCAAACGUUCUCGGUAAACUCGAUGAACUACCUCAAACACUAAUCGAAAACCAUGAAGAAGUACAAUUUUUAUGCAAAGGAAAUAAACGCGUAUGGUGCAAUAGGUUAAAACAUAAUCAAGUUUUCUUAGAUACGCGAUUAAGCCGUUUAGAACAAGAAGCCAUGAUAUCUAAUAAAAUAUUAAAAGAAUUAAAUGAAAAAGGAUUGGACGAAGAGGACGAUGUAGCAUUGAUAUGUUUGUGUACAGUUAGCAAAGCACAACACUCAGAUGCUGUUAUCAUAAGGUUCAAUGAGUAUUACGACCGAACGAACGAACUUGACAAAUUUUACAUUUUUGGAUAUACUUGGAUAUCAAAAAUAAUAAAAGAAACAAUGGCGCAUAUGAUGCGAUAUGAAAAACCUUACAACCAAUUAUAUCUUAGAAAACGAAGAAGCACAAAAUAAAACAAACAAUUUCCAUAAAAUAUUUAAAUUCAAAUAUCUUUCCGUCGUUAAGUGGAUUUUGAAGUACCUUCCUUAAGAUUUAAAAUACACUAUAUAAUUGGCGAUAUCCACAAACAGGAUCAUUUUCCGGGCAUAAUAUUACCUUGUAUUGUAUGAGUGAUUGUCUGUGCGUUGUGCUUUGUAUACUUUUUUAAACCAUACCAAAUAUAGAAUAAAUAUAGAAUAAGUGGACAAUGUAUUUAGUCAUCUAGUCAGCUAUAACUAUGUAAUAAACUAUGUAAUAAAUACAAUACAUAAUUUCAUACCUACACAGUAAAAAA